AUGGAUGAGGAAUAUGAUGCCAUUGUUCUUGGAACUGGAUUGAAGGUAUGCAUUUUGGGGUCUAGAAGAGCAAAAAAUUCAGCUUCUGGGGGUGGUUUUCAAGCUCCAGGAGCUCAAAAUUCGGAAAAAUUGAAGAAUUUUGACUCUGGAGGUGAAUUUUGAGCUCCAGGAUCUAGAAAAAUGGGAUUUUCACGAAAUUUCAGUUUUGGAAAUGGAUUUUGGCCUUCUGUAGCUGAAAAUUCAGAUUUUUCAUAGAUUUUCAGCUUAGAAAGUAGAUUUUCGCCUUCCGGAACUGAAAAUUCAGAUUUUUCAUGAAAUUUUGACUCUGGAGGUGAAUUUUGAGCUCCGGAAGUUGAAAAUACUGGAAAAUCACCAAAUUUUGAGUCUAGAAAUGCAUUUUGAGCUCCAGUAUCUAGAAAAAUGGGAUUUUUCACGAAAAUUCAGCUCUGGAAAUGGAUUUAGGCCUUCUGGAGCUGAGAAAUUAGAUUUUUCAUGGAGUUUUGACUCUGAAAGCUUCAAAAGUUGAAAAAUCAGCAUUUUUGACUCUAGAACCUCAAUUUCCAAAUCCAUAACUCUCAUCUACUCAAAAUUCUGAUUCUGAAACAGAUUUUCAGCUUGAAAUCUGAAAAUUUUGAAUUUUUAAGUCUAACUCACAAAUUUUUAGAAAUUUUCUGACGUGACCUAAUUUUUUUUUUAUUUUUUUUUGGAAAAAAAAAUUAGAAAAAAUCAUUUUUGAUGAGUUCAAUUCUAGAAAAAUGUGAGUUUAAAGGAACAUACCGUAUUCUAGAAUAUGGCAAGAUUACUGUAUGUUCCUUUAAAAAUCUGAAAUUCCCCCUCUGAAACUGUUUAAAAUUGUGAAAAUCCCAAAAUUUUCAGUCAAUUUUAAGGAGUCUCAGAAAGACGCGGAAGCUAUGCCCAAAUUUUCAAUUUUUUAAAGGAACAUACCGUAACCCUUGAUAAUUCUUUGCAGGAAUGCAUCAUUUCUGGAAUGUUGUCGGUUUCCGGCAAAAAAGUCCUCCACAUUGAUCGCAACAAUUAUUACGGUGGAGAAAGUGCGUCGUUGACACCAUUGGAGCAACUCUACGAGAAAUUCCAUGGUCCAAACGGAAAACCACAACCCGAAAUGGGACGUGGACGCGAUUGGAAUGUGGAUUUGAUUCCCAAAUUUUUGAUGGCCAAUGGGUAAGGGUUUUUUAGCCAAAUAUCGAGAAAAAUGAUGAAUUUUGACCUGAAAUUUGAAAAUUUUGAAGAAUUUGGAACCAAGGAGCAAAAUGCGGCCUUGAAAAUGCAAUUUUCACGAUAAUUAGGCUCCACCCACUUUUCUGUGCUCUGAAAGUGCAAUUUUCACGAAAAUCAGGCUCCUCCCACUUUUCUGUGCCCUGAAAUUGCAAAAUUUUGGAGUAGUGAGCUGAAAUCUCGUCAAUUCGGAUUAAAUUGUAGAAAAUUAUGCUCCGCCCACUUUUAUGUGCCCUGAAAUUGCAAUUUCUAGAAUUUUCAAGUAAAUAAAGCUCCACCCAUUUUUCUAUGCCUUGAAAUUGCAAUUUUCACAAAAUUUAGGCUCCACCCAUUUUUCUGUGCCCUGAAAUUGCUUUUUUCACAAAAAUUAAGCUCCACGCCCCCUUUUCUGUGCCUUGAGUUUGCCAAUUUUUGAAUUUUCAUUGAUGAAAUUUAGAAUUUCAGACAAAAACAGAAUUUUAAGCCACGCCCCCUUUUCCAUGCCGCAAAAUUUUUCCCAAAAAUUUCUUAUUUUUUUCCAGUUCAAUGGUCAAACUCUUGAUUCACACUGGUGUCACUCGUUAUUUGGAAUUCAAAUCGAUCGAAGCCUCGUAUGUUUGCAAAGGUGGAAAGAUCUACAAAGUUCCGGCUGAUGAAAUGGAAGCAUUGGCGACAAGUUUGAUGGGAAUGUUUGAGAAGAGACGUUUUAAGGUGAGAAUUUGUGGAAUUUUCUGGAUUUUUGAGCUUUGAAAUUGAAAGAUUCACAAAAUUUGGACCGAAAACUUGUUGAACUUGAAUUUUCUGGAAAUUUUAGGAAAUUUUCAAUAUUUUAAUAAAAAAAAUUUUUUUAUUCAUUCAAAUUUUCUUUAGCAAAGCUGUGAUUUUUUCAGAAUUUUAGAAUUUUUAGAAAAUGGAGAAAAUUCUGAUGAAAUUUCAUCCAGAAAUUUGGAAUUCUCUGGAUUUUUGAACUUUAAAAUUGAAAGAUUCACAAAAUUUGGACCAAAAAAAGUUGUUGAACUUGAAUUUUCAUCCAAAUUUGCUCAGACGCUGGAAAUUUUAUGAAAUUUUCAAUAUUUUGAUAUAAAAACAUUUAAAUUCAAAAUUUCACUGUUUCAAAAAUUUUCUAUAUAUUUUGGAAAAAAUAUUUUUUUUUGAUUUCGAUUUUGUGUUUUAUUGAUUCGAAUUUUCUUCAACAAAGCUGUGAAUUUAGAAUUUUAGAAUUUUCAGAAAAUGGAGAAAAUUUCUAUGAAAUUUCAUCCAGAAAUUUGGAAUUUUCUGGAUUUUUGAACUUUAAAAUUGAAAGAUUCACGAAAUUUGGACCAAAAAACUUGUGUAACUUGAAUUUUCAACCAAAGUUGCUCCAAAAUCUGGAAAUUCCAUUAAAAUUUCAAUAUUUUGAUAUAAAAACUUUUAAAUUCAAAAUUUCACUGUUUCAAAAAUUUUCUAUAUAUUUUGGAAUUUAAAUGAAAAGUGUCUUAAAAUUCCAGAACUUUAAUUCAAAAAAAAAAAUUUUUCAGAAAAAAAAUCUGAAAAAUUCCUAAAACUCCCCACUUUUGCAGAAAUUCCUCUGCUGGGUUCAACAAUUUGACGAAAACAAGCAAGACACUUGGCAAGGACUCGAUCCACACAACAAUACAAUGCAACAAGUCUACGAGAAAUUCGGACUCGACGAAAACACGGCCGACUUCACCGGACACGCGUUGGCCUUGUUCCGUGACGACGAGCACAAGAAUCAGCCAUUCUUGCAGGCUGUCGAAAAAAUCCGAUUGUAUUCGGAUUCGUUGGCCAGAUAUGGAAAAUCGCCAUAUUUGUAUCCACUUUAUGGAUUGGGAGAAUUGCCACAAGGUUUUGCGAGGUGAGAAAAUGGAAGAAAUUGUGGGAAAACAGCCCUGGUGGUCUGAAAAUCUUGAAAUUUUCGAAAAAUGAAUCGAAAUACUGUGAAAAUCAUGAAAUUUAACCUAAUAUUGACGAAAUUCUGAAAUUUAGGCUUAAAAUGCUCCAAACUUGAGCCUCUAUGUUCUAAACGAUGUAAAAUCUUCUAAUUCUCAGAGCUAGCCUGGAAAAUUUUAGGAAAUCUCGAAAUCCUCUGAAAUUGAAGCGAUAUUUUGAAAAUUACGAAAUUCAGGACGAAAUUCUGAAAUUCUUACUCAAAAUGCUCCAAAGUUGAGCCCCUAUGUUCUAAACGAUGUAAAAUUUUCUAAUUUAUAGAACUGGGCUAGAAAAUUUUGGAAAAUCUCAACAAUUUUGAAAUACUGUGAAAAUGACGAAAAAUCUGACAUUUGUACUCAAUUUGCUCUAAAUUUGCUCCCAUGAGACCAAAUAAAACGAGAAACUUCUAGAAAUUUUUAAAAUUUAAGAAAAAAUUUAUAAUUUCCAAUCAAAAAUCUCAAUUUUCUGCAGACUUUCUGCCAUCUACGGUGGAACCUAUAUGUUGGACAAAGCUGUCGAUGAAAUUGUAAUCGAAAAUGGCAAAGCUGUCGGUGUGAAAUGCGGUGAAGAGAUUGUGAAAGGAAAACAAAUCUAUUGUGAUCCAAGUUAUGCAAAAGACAAAGUGAAGAAGACUGGACAAGUUGUUCGAGCAAUUUGUUUGUUGAAUCAUCCGAUUCCAAACACUAAUGAUGCACAAAGUUGUCAAAUUAUUAUUCCACAAAAACAAGUUGGAAGACAUUAUGGUGAGUUGAGAGAUUUUGGGGUGGAAAAUUAGGGGAUUUUUAUUAAAAUUCAUGAAUUUCCAGCAAAUGUUUGGCUAGAAAUUGAUUUUCAACUUCAAUUUUUGUUUUUUUCUCUAAAAUUCCUACCCAAUAAUAUUAUUAAAAAUUCAAGCCGAAAGCGGUCUUGGAGCUGGAAAAUCAGAAAAAUUGAGCCAUUUUUUUGUGAAUGUUGUUAAAAUUCAUGAAUUUCAGCUAGAAUUUUUAGCUGGAAAUUUUAGAUUUUCUGAACUAUUUUUGUAUUUAUUAUUUUCCUGCAAAUGAGCUGAAAUUUGGGAUUUUCAGCUCAAAAACUUGAAUUUUAGUCUAAUUUGCCAAACCUCGCCCAAGAACCUGGAGAAGUGGGUAAAAAAUUGCCCACCUGGGUUUAUUAACCAAAUUUGCCCACCUAGUAAAAAAAUUUUGCCCACCUGAGGCUCGCCUUAAAGACCCUAAAAAGUUUUGCCCACCUAGGUUUUUCGAAAAAAAACUUGCCCACCUGGAAUUCCAGGUCUUGGGUGAGGUUUGCUAAUUUGCUCUCUCCGAACCGAAAAAUUCAAGCUGAAAAUUAUACGUUUCAAAAAUAUUGUAUAUAUUUUCAAAAUUAAAAACAAUUUGUUAUUCUGGAUAUACUAGUAUUCUCCAGGUGAAAAGUGACAUUGGAAAGAUUCUCAGAGUUCCCAAAUGUUACAUUUUCAACGUGUCCAUUUCUAAAAUCUGGGGGGGGGGUUCCCAUUUUUUUUAAUCCCGAGAAAUUUCGUUUUAGAAAACACACAGCGCGUAUUUCGCGUCAAGGUUGCGCGUAGGAUUUCGUGUUUGCGGGAAGUCGGUGUUGACACACACUCUUAUUUUUUUCGUUCUUUCUUUAGGUUCUGGAUUUUAGAUCUGAAAAUUGUAGCCAAAAAUUUGCUGGAAAAUAUGAAAUUUAUGAUUUUUGGCUAGAAAUUUUAGAUUUUCUGAUUUUUUUUGUAUUCAUUAUUCCUGCAGAUGAACUGGCCAAAUAUCAAUUUUUAUUCGGAAUCCUAAAAUAUACAAUAAUUUUGCAACGUAUAAUUUAUGGGUUUUCAAAAUUUGAUGAUUUUCAUUUUUGGUCAUAAAGCAAAAAACCCUGAAAUUCGAGUUUUUGAGCUGAAAAUCCCAAAUUACAGCUCAUUUUCAGCUGAAAACUCGAAUUUUCAGCUUGAAUUUUUGGUCAUAAAGCAAAAAACUCGAAAAUUCGAGUUUUUCCGCCUGAAAAUGAGCUGAAAUUUGAGAUUUUCAGCCUAAUUUGCUCUCCCCGAACCAAAAAUUCAAGGUGAAAUUUAUACGUUUCAAAAAUAUUGUAUAUUUUUUGGAAUUUGAAUAAAAUUUGAUGUUUUCAUUGAAUAUAUUUUCGAUCUGAAAAAUGUCUAAUUUUUGGAAAUUGUCAUGUUCCUUUAAAUACAGUAAUUUCCAAUGUUUUUUAUUGCAGAUAUUUACAUCUCGUGCUGCUCAAACACCAAUAUGGUUACACCAAAAGGAUGGUUCUUGGCAAUGGUGUCAACCACCGUCGAAACUGCCAAUCCAGAAGCUGAAGUUUUGCCAGGACUUCAAUUGUUGGGACCAAUCACUGAGAAGUGAGUUUAUCUUUUGAAAAUUCUCUUUUUUGGCCUAAAAAUUGGCCUGAAAUGGGCCAUUUUAGCCCCUAGUGUGUCUAUUUUCACAAUAUUUCAGAUUCAUCUCGGUUUCCGAUGUCUUUGAGCCGACUGAUUUGGGAAGCGAUUCGCAAAUCUUCAUCUCGACAUCGUAUGAUGCGACCACUCAUUUUGAGACCACUUGCAAGGUGAGAUUUUGUGGGCUAGUUUUUCAAAAAAAAAAAAUUCUGUAAAAAAUGAGCCUAAACAAGCCUAUAUUGAGCCUAAACAAGCCUAUUUUUAGCCUAAAAAUGAGCCUUAACAAACCUAUGUUGAGCCUAAGAAUGAGCCUGAACAAGCCUAUUUUGAGCCUUGACAAGCCUAAGCUUAAGCCUGAACAAGCCUAAAAUUGAGCCUAACCAAGCCUAUUUUUAGCCUGAGAAUCGGACCUGAACAAGCCUAUAUUGAGCCUGAAAUUGAGAAUGAACAAGCCUAUAUUGAGCCUGAAAAUCGGACCCUUUUAGGCCCCCUCCAGGCCCCCUAUCUAUUAGGCUUUUUUAGUCCAAAAAUAUUCUACGAAUUAUCAUUAAUUUUCAAAAACUCUAAAUUUUUAUUUACAAAAUUUUGAAACAGUAAUUUUUUUGGAAAAAAAAAAUUUCUCGAUUUUUUUGAAACUUGAAAACAAGAAUUUCAACCGGGUCAUUUCAGGCCCUCUCAGGCCUUCAGGCCCCCCUUCAGGCCCUAAUCUCUUCAUGUUAUUUUUUUUUUGCAGGAUGUGUUGAACUUGUUCCAACGUGGAACCACCCAAGAAUUUGAUUUCACCAAAAUCACCCAUCUUUCGCUUCAAGACAAUGAAUAA